AUGCCAGAAAUAUUGCUUACUCGAGAUCCUUCGGCACCGGAGAUAAUAAAGAAUUUAAAAUUUGGAUUUCUUGUUGUGUUACCAAAGAAGACUCCCAGCAAUUACAGAGUUUCUAUCAUCAGAAUAAAGAAACCGAUUGACAUCGUGGCAACUGAUGUGGUUAAGACGAUUUUUAUGAUGCUGGAUUACAGAAUGCGGAAUGACGUAUCUUUAGGCGAGCAAUGGAUCUUUGACCUUACGAAUGUUUCCUUCCAAAAUUCUGUACAAAUGACUCCAGCGCUUCUUACAAAAAUAAUAUAUUACAUACGAUUUUGUUUCGGAUCGAAGAUAAAGAGCAUACAUUUUGUAAACACGCCUGCCUUCGUCGUUCCCGUAUUAAAUGUUGUAAAAAAACUAAUGAAACCAAAAGUUGCCAAACGAAUAUGCAUACAUAAGAAUUUCGAUGAGCUUCAAGACUUAUUUCCAAAAAGCAUUUUACCGCAGGAAUAUGGCGGAGAUGAGUUGAGUUGUGAAGAACUAACAGAGGACUGGACGAACGUUUUGCAAUCAGACGGUUGGAAAUAUUAUUUUAAGGAGCAGGAUCAAGUUAUCAGUGACGAAUCAAAAAGAACCCGUUUUUUAAGUUCUGACGAUUUCUUUGGAUGUGAAGGAUCUUUCAGAAAACUUGAAGUUGAU